AUUGUAAACUAUCUCUGUUCGCAUAUAGCAAGUGUCUGCUCCGAACGAAGGACGUUUUACUUGUUAAACUUUAACUCAAGAUACCAGAUACUCAAUUUAAUAAUCUCCUCACAGGCAGCAGCAUCCUCACAGGAGCUGGAGGCAGAAAGAGGAAGCACAGACAAAAGGAAUGGGGAGUUACCAGCCAGGACAAUGACAGAGAAGAAGGAACAGGAGACUUAAACAGCACAGAGGGACUAACUCGCUGACUCAUUACCAUGAGCUCUCCUGCCUCUGUCAUGGAGCCAGAAGACGCUGCAGCUGGGAAGGAUGCAGAAUCCCAGCUGAUGUACAGGAUAGAGCGUCCGGUGUACGAUGAAGGUUUCAUCAGGACGAAGCUUCUCCAUCGCAAAGAAAACUCCACAACCCUCCGACAGAGGCUCGCACAACACUGCAGGUGUUCAAAUGAAAAGGCCAAGGCAGCACUGGUGAGUUUCCUGCCCAUUUUAACAUGGCUGCCAUCCUACCCGGUGAAGCAGUACCUGUUUUCAGACGUGGUCUCGGGUCUCAGCACAGGAGUCGUGCAGCUCCCACAAGGUCUGGCCUACGCCAUGCUGGCUGCUGUACCUCCGGUUUAUGGUCUGUACUCCUCGUUCUACCCCGUCCUGCUCUACACCUUUUUUGGCACAUCCAGGCACAUAUCAGUGGGCACCUUUGCAGUCAUAAGUCUGAUGAUCGGAGGGGUUGCGGUGAGGGAGGCGCCUGACUCCAUGUUUCUCAUACCUGUAAACGGCUCCAACACGUCCGUCGUGCUCAACGUGGAGGCUCGUGAUGCGAGGAGGGUUCAAGUGGCUGUCGUGCUCACAACGCUGGUGGGAAUCAUACAGGUGGGUCUCAAAACAACCAACACAUAGCAGUGAAGGGAAGCAGGCAGCUGAAAUCUUCUCACGCUCUCAAACACCGUUUAUCCAAAGCAGCAGGAUCACUGUUGUUAAACCCACACUUUGAUUUCAUUUGAAACAACUGUUCUUG